GUAUCGAUAUAUGUGGCGACUUAUAACCCUAGUACAUCGUUCACGGCUAUCCAGUUAUCUCCCUCUGGGUGGCACCUGUCGGCCAAUCACGGAAGAUAAGAAAUCGAAAUAGAAAUUGGACAACUGUCCCAAGAUUUACUCAGCCAUCGUGGUACUGGCAUCACAAUACGGAGGUAUCUGGCGUUCUGUUUACGAUGUCCCAUCGGGCCCGGAGAUAUCUCUAGGUAUCGUUCGAUAUAUAAUCUGCACUACAUUCACUAUUAGACUGCAUUCAGGCGUAUUUCUGCUAUGAACUCCCUCGUGAUCCUCGCUAUUAGCAGUAUUGCCUGGCUGAUAUGGCGUGCUGCCCGAAGUGUCUUUAUUCGUUCACCUAUAGAUAAUGUGCCUGGGCCCACAGCUCCAUCUCUAAUGAGAGGUAACCUCGGCCAGCUCUUGAACAGGGAUGGCUGGGAGUUCUUAGACGAAGUCGGCCAGAAAUACAAUAAGGUGGUCAAGUUGAAGGGUCUCUUUGGCCAUAGAAUGUUGUACGUAUUUGAUCCAAAGGCCUUACAUCAGGUUGUCAUCAAGGAGGCAGACAUAUAUGAUCUUCCAGAAUGGUUGACCGACGGUGUUAAGCUCACUACAGGGCCAGGUCUUCUUGGAGUCCACGGGGCUCACCAUCGGCGACAGCGCAAAAUGCUCAACCCUGCGUUCUCUAUCAAGCAUAUGCGAACUCUCACUCCUUUGUUUUAUGGAGUGGCUCAUCGAUUACGCUCUGCUAUGGAAACACAAGUAGGAGAUGUCCCAACUACUAUAAACAUGGUAAACUGGUUCAGCCGAACUGCUCUCGAGUUGAUAGGCCAAGGUGGUCUGGGCUAUUCCCUCGAUUCACUAGACACACCUAUGCCAAAUCCAUACGGCGAAGCUCUCAAGCAAUUUCUGCCGGCUUUAUUUGCCAAUGCUGAAUUACAGUUCCUCCUAAAGCACGUCAAGAAGAUCGGCUCGCCUGCAUUCCGGUCAGCAAUGAUCGAUUGGUUGCCUCUGCCAGAUCUUCAACGAUUGAAAAAAGUGGUUUCCAUCUUGGGUUAUGAGGCUAGGAACCUUUACUUCAUUAAAAAGAAAGCUUUGCAAGCUGGUGGGGAGAACGUCCUGAAACAAGUUGGUGAAGGAAAAGACAUUAUGAGCAUCCUUAUGCAAGCAAACAUGCAGGCUUCGGAAGAAGAUCGCCUGACAGAAGAUGAGCUUAUCGGGCAGAUGUCUCUUCUCGUUCAGGCGGGGACGGACACAACAUCGAACGCGUUGACUAUGCUCAUACAUAUAUUAGCGGAGCACCCAAACAUUCAAGAUAAACUACGGUCAGAGAUUCAGCAGGCUAAAGAGCAGUACGGCGAAGAUAUACCAUACGACAAUCUUGUGUCUCUCCCGUACAUGGACGCUUUAUGUCGAGAGACACUACGACUCUUCCCACCAGUCAGCUUCAUUUUCCGAGAGACCCGAAAGGACGUCAUCAUGCCUCUUUCAGAGGCGAUCGCUGGUGUCGAUGGAACCACAAUGACUGAGAUCCCGGUGCCUGCAGGUACAACCGUGAUCAUUGGAAUUCGCGCGGUGAACCACAGCAAAAAUGUCUGGGGAGACGACGUCAAAGAAUUCAAACCUGAGCGUUGGUUGUCUCCUUUGCCUGCAACAGUGAUGGAGGCUCACAUCCCAGGGGUGUACUCUAAUCUAAUGACGUUUAACGGCGGCGGAAGAGCAUGCAUAGGCUUCAAGUUCUCUCAGCUGGAAAUGAAGGUCGUGUUGGCUACCAUCGUCUCAUCAUUCAAGAUAUCUUUGGCCGAUGUGACAAAGGACGUUGUCUGGAAUCUCGCGGGCGUUUAUUACCCCACCGUAGGGAAGUACAGUAACCAACCUGGAUUCCCUGUGACGUUAGAACGCAUCCAGGCUUAAAUUCAUUCGUCAUAUAGAAGGAAUACACCUAUUGGUUUCGUUUGUUGGUCAUGUAAACGAGCCGAGAGCCUUCCUUCGUCGUUAUUAGCUGUCACGCUGAGAGAUUGAACCGUUUGGCGCUGCCUUCGGCAUUUGUUAUCCACUUCAAUGCAUUAUUACGACCUGGGUCACACGGC